AUGAGCCCCCUGCGGGCCUCUGGAGAGCAGCAACUCCAAAAAGUGUCCCAACCCUUUAGUGUUGCUCCUGUGCCCCUGGGGUUGGCGCGGACUGUCUCAGCUCCCGUCUUAGCCUCCUGCAGCAGCAGCAGCAGCAGCAGCAGCAGCAGAAGCAGCAGCAGGGGUGAGGCGGGGCGGCAAGAGCAGCAGCAGCAGCAGCAGUGUUGGUACCCGGAGCAGCAGCAGCGACUGAAGAAGCUCCAGUAG